AUGGUGUCAUUUACCGAACUUGCUGCCAAAUUCUAUAGCCAACAAUACUAUGGUCAACAACUCUAUGGCCAACAAUGUUUUGAUCAACACUACUAUGAUCAACAAUAUCAAGGCCAACAAGUUUAUGGUCAACAGUUUUACGACCAACCGAUGAUCCAGGCAGUCUACUCUUUGCCUGUCAACUUUGUGAACGAGCUACCCAAAUCAUUAAACGAUCAGGCUUCCUACAGCACCGCUGAAUCAUGUAGUACAAGAUCCAGCCCGAUUAGCCGUUCUACCAACUCUAGCCCGACUAUUACCAUUGACUGCAACAGUACUAGUAACGCCAACUGUUCUACUACUAACACCACCGACGAAUCCAACACUAGCCCAAAAACUAAUUUCCCACAAACUGGCUCAGUACAAGCUCCAAAAGUGCCAGCAGACAACCUAGGACAUGACAUCCCGAUAGACCAGCUCGAAAGUAUAAUCCUCCAAGGUUUAGACACAAAUGAAUUUCAAGAUCGCUAUCAAAUUCUUGAUUGUCCUAGUCACGCUGCUAAUCUGCCUAGACUACCAAUUUUCAAGCAGAUUCACAAAAAAGGGCAAAUUGAAAACCACGUUAAGAAAAACGUUCAAAUUAGUGCCAAAAGCGUUUUUGUAAGUUUUUUAAAAUUAUUAUAAUAUAUUCCCAUUCUUAUAUUAACCAAUAUUUAAUCGAUGCGCAACUUCGCAAUAUCUUGAUAGUCUUUUGACUUGUUUUUUAAACUUUUUUUUCUAAUUUUACCCUUGUCUUUCAGUUUAAUCUUUACUUACCUUUAUAUUUCAGGUAAUCAAACCAAGCGAUGUACAAAAAUGCCGAAGGUUUGCGCGAAACCAUUGGUGCAAAUACGGCAAUAACUGUUACCAAUCGCACGAACAAUAA